AUGUGGUUUGGUUCGAUAGGACAUGUGCAAUGGGGCUUGACCAUACUCACCACAUUAUGUGUGACCCAAGCAGCCGAUCCAAUCGAAUUAACAGUCUCCCGAGAAGGAGGCAAUAAAUCGAGCCCUUUGCUCUAUGGAAUUAUGUUUGAGGAAAUGGAUCAUUCAGGUGAUGGUGGAAUCCAUGGACAGGUACUCCAGAAUAAUGGCUUCCAAGGCGACAGCCUUGGAUUGACCGCAUACGCGCCAGUAGGGGCGGCGACUAUCUCCCAAGAUAAAAGCCAUCCUGUGAGCGAUUCCAUUACGUCUUCGCUUUCUGUCUCGGUUCCAGAGAACACAACGGACUAUGUUGGUUUUGCCAACACAGGCUACAAUGGAGUGCCAGUUUUAAAUUCCACAUACACCAGCUCAUUCUGGAUGAUGGGGUACUACUCAGGGACGAUCAAUCUUCAGCUUGUUGGAACGAACAGUGGCAUCGUUUAUGCUGACCACAACUUGACUGUGGAAAGCACAGAUGCUAAUUUUACUCGAUACGAGGCGACCUUUAAUUCCACUUUAUCCGCUGAUGGAGAAAAUGAGUGGCACUUGACAUUCGAUGGCUCGAAAGUUGCCGGAAGCUCAUUGAAUUUUGGGUAUAUUGAGCUGUUCCCGCCAAAGUACCAAGACCGAGAUAAUGGAUUGCGAGAAGAUCUGGCAACCUUCCUUGAGGAAGUUGGAUUUAAAUUCCUUCGAUUCCCGGGCGGAAACAAUAUCGAGGGUCUAGAGAUUGACAGCCGGUGGAAAUGGAACAUGACAAUCGGACCCGUAGUUGACCGACCGGGACGAAAUAGUGAUUGGUUCUAUCCCAACACCGAUGCGUUGGGCCUUGAUGAGUAUCUUUGGUGGUGUGAAGACAUGAACAUGACACCUUUGCUGGCUCUCUGGUCAGGCAAGUCAUACGGCGGAAUUGUUUCCGGCUCCGACCUUCAUCCAUUCGUCGAUGAUAUCAAGAACGAACUGGAGUACCUGUUCGGUAACACAUCAACCGAUUUCGGAAAGUUACGGGCCCAGAACGGUCGCGAGGAGCCCUGGAAGAUCGAUUAUAUCGAAAUCGGAAACGAAGACGAUCUCACUGGCGGUUGUGAUACCUACCCGGAUCGCUUCAACCAGAUCUACAAGGCUAUUCAUGACGAAUACCCUAAUAUCACGCUCGUCGCUUCGAAUGGUGACUAUUCAUGCUUACCGUCACCGCUACCUACAGGUGUCAUCAUCGACUUGCACUUGUACCGUAACCCGGAUGACUUUGUGGCAUUGUUCAAUCAGUUCGACAACCAGCCUCGAGAUCAGCCGGUCAUGGUUGGCGAGUACGGAUGUCGCAACACAUCUAACGCCAAGGGUACGUAUUGGUCAUAUAUGCGAGGCAGCUGCAGUGAGGCUAUAUACAUGAUGGGCAUGGAGCGAAACAGCGACAUUGUCACGAUGGCAGCUUAUGCGCCUAUGUUGGAGCAUUUUGGGUUGAUAGCAUGGUCGCCGACGCUCUACGGAUUCAAUUCAACUCCCGGAUCACUAACGCCGUCGACAUCUUAUUACGUUCAGAAAAUGUUUGCUUCAAAUAAAGGCGACACGGUUGUUCCGGUCAGUUCGUCGGCGGACUUCGGACCUCUCUAUUGGACGGCUACGAAGACGGAUUCACAGUAUUAUGUGAAACUUGCGAACUAUGGAAUGAAAGAGCAAAGCGUUUCCAUCAGCAUUCCUGAAACAAGUUCAGGAAGGUUGGAAAUGCUUUCUGGAUCGCAGUUUCAAGGUAAUCAACCUUAUCAGAUGGAGAUUGAGACGGAACACACUGAGGUUCAUAGCAAGAAUGGGAAGUUCUCAGUCAAGAUGGACCCCUGGGCAGUUGCUGUCUUGGUUGUUUCUUGA